AUGACGAACGAUUGUCCAUUGAGUUGUGGUAAAUGUAAAGCCAAUCAUCCUGUUGAUGGUAAGUGUUUUUGUUUUUGAAGGUAUUCAGCUUUUUCCAUAUUCUUUUUAAUUUUGCUAACCUAAAGCACGGUGCCAAAAAAAUACAAACCUGGCCUUUUAAUAAUUAUAUAUAUUAAGCAGAAAAAGCAAAGGAAAAAGUCUGGGAGAGGAAAUCCACUCCUGAACCUUCUUACUUUGCCACAUUCUGAAAUAAACGGCCAAUGGACAAGACUUUAGUAUCAAUAUUCUAUCGAUCUUCUUUCAGAUCACCUUUUAUUGAUAAAACUUCUUUUAGAUUACCAUUAGUUCAUCCUUUCCCCUCUAGAUCUGUUUUAUUCGAUCCAUCCUUGUUUAUUACCUAAAACCAAAAGAAAAAAAAUUUAAAAUACUCACCUUUUCCAGACUGCCGUGAUUAUCACCCUCAAUGUGCCAAUAACGCAGCCGAAGGUCGUUGCCGAGAAAGCCCAUGGUUCCUGGAAAAUUGCCGUAAGAGCUGUGGAAUGUGCAUGAAGAACAUAAAACAACUGCAAAAAUACUGCAAAGCAACAUACGAUUAA